UUAACUUGGUUUGACUUUCGUUUAGCCACAACUGUACUGUACUGUACUGCAGAUCCUCACUUGGGCGGCGAGUCUGAGAAGGGCUAACAUGGACGACGUGAUCAAUGAGAAUCUCAUUGACAGUUUCAGACCAAGGUUGAAGGUCUUUAUCUCAGUGGAGCCGGUUCUGGAUCGUCUCCAUUUCAUCAGUGCAGACCAGAGAGAACGUCUCAGACAAAAGGCCAAAACGGACGGCAACUCCGCGGCGGUGGACACCCUGAUCAGUGCCGUCCUUCAGAAGCCUCACCCGGAAGGCUGGUUCCAGGCUUUUGUGGACGCCCUAUCCAACGCCGGGUGCGAACAAGCGGCGGACUACAUGAGGGCCAAGCUGCCCCACCCGAAAGUGGAAGCGGAGAACGACUACUGCAUGCGGAUGAUUGACAUACUAGUACCCAGUCUGCUCGAUAUGGACACCAAAGAAGUCUGCACGCAUUGUUUUUCCAGGGAACUCAUCACGGAGGACGACAAGGACACGAUCCUUCGCUCGGCAGACACCCAGGGACUCAGAGAUGCAGCUCGCGAACUUCUGAAAAGGAUUGUGAGGCGUCAGCCUGGAUGGUACUCUGAAUUUGUCCAGAUUUUACGUGAAACUGAGCACCAGUCCUUGUAUGAGCUGAUGGGAGGGUCAUGUGACUGCGAUACCACAGAUUUAAAAGCACCAUCAAGAGAAGUUGAGACAACAGGAAACAAGGCUGUGAUGGACAGUCCAGCAGAAAGUUCUGCUAGUCCGCAGGGUUUGGAUGACUACAAGGACAUGGAGGCCACGGAACUUAGUGACUCAGGUGGAGCAGCCGGCGGCCCAGAAGGAGCUGUGAUUGUUCUUCGGGAUUAUCAGAAGGAGGUGGCUCAACCUGCCUUGGAGGGGAAAAACAUCAUCAUCUGCCUCCCGACCGGAAGUGGUAAAACCAGGGUGGCGGUUUAUGUUACCACUCAACAUCUGGCGCGCAGGAGAGCGGAGGGGAACACGGGGACAGUGGUUGUUCUGGUCCACAAGGUUCCUCUGGUGGAGCAGCACUACGCGACAGAGUUCCAGCCCUUUCUCAAGCACGCGUACAAAGUGGAAAGAGUCAGUGGAAACUCCUUGCUCAAAAUCUCCUUCACAGAGAUCAUGAAGAAGAACGAUGUCGUCAUUUGCACGGCCCAGAUUCUGGAAAACUACUUGGAGAGGUCGGUCAAAGGAGAGGACGAGGGAGUGCAUCUAAAGGAUAUUAGCCUGAUCAUCAUAGACGAGUGCCAUCACACUAAGAAGGGGGAGGUGUACAACCAGGUGAUGAUGCGUUACCUGAAGCAGAAGGAGAAGAACAAGAUGCUGAAGAAGGAGCAGAAGGAGACGCUGCCGCUACCUCAGAUCCUCGGCCUCACCGCGUCACUCGGCGUAGGGAACGCCACCAGACUGGAUGCAGCCGAGAAGAACAUUCUUCAGAUUUGUGCCAACUUGGAUGCCUCCCAAAUCCUGACUUCCGAUCUUGGAAAUUACAGAAAUGAACCAGGCAAACAAAUUGUUCUUGUUGAGGACAAAGAGAAGGAUCCCUUUGGUGAUGUCAUCAAGAGAAUCAUGAACAUUAUUCAUACGUAUGCCAACCUGAACCCCAUCUGCCAGCUUGGCUCUCAGAACUAUGAACAGUGGGUGGUCCAAUACGAGCGGCAAGCUGCCAAAGAGGAAGACCAAAGAGUGCGCAUUUGUGCGGAGCACCUUCGCCGGUACAACGAGGCCUUGCAACUCAGCAACACCAUUCGCAUGUGUGAUGCCUUCACUUUCCUGGAGAAAUACCACGAGGAGGAGCUGAAGAGUAAAAUGAGCCCUGAUGAUGAACACGUCAUCAACAUUACAGACACUGAAAACAUGCUCUUCAACUUAUUCCAAGACAACAAGCAAGAGCUUGAGGAGCUUUCUAAGAACCCAGGCUAUGAAAAUGACAGCUUGUCGAAGCUACGAGUUAGCAUUCUACGACAGUUCAGCACCAGGGAGGAACCCAGGGGGAUCAUUUUCACCAAAACCCGCCGCAGCGCCAUGGCUCUCAAUCAGUGGAUUCAGGACAAUACCAAGUUUGCCGACAUCGGCGUGAAGGCGUCGUACGUCAUCGGAGGAGGAGACCAGAGUGUUGUCAAGCCAAUGACGGCCGCCGAGCAAAAGGACGUGCUGAGUAAAUUCCACAUCGGUGCUGUCAACCUGCUGAUCGCUACCUCGGUGGCAGAGGAAGGUUUGGACAUACCAGAAUGCAACUUUGUCAUCUGUUACGGCCUUGUGACCAAUGAAAUCGCUAUGAUACAGGGCCAGCUUGCAGGCCCCCAGCCCUGAUUGGUUGAUCAGAGCAAAAGCGUUCAACAAGCUAAGUUGAGGAUGAUGUUAACAUGUCUGGUGAGUAGAGUUUUUAGGAUGUUGUGUGUUGAUCAGAUAAAUAUCGAUUCUGUGCCAUAUGUGCUUUCUCACAAAGCCACUGUGUUUACGCGGGUUAUAUUUGUCUGAGCAAUGACUCAUUAAUGCUCCACUUUGCUUGCAGAAAUGAAAGUCAGGCGUAUUGGUCAGAAGGGUUAAGUAUAAUGUAAUAUAAUAUCCUAAAAUCAUUAACUAAUAAUAAUAACAAUAAUAAAUCAUCACAAUAUAAACUUAUCUAAAUUAAUCAAAUGUCUUGUAUUCUUUAUGCUGUGAUAUCAAAUACACAUUCCACACAUUAGGACACCUAUCGGAUCGGUAUUGCUGAUACCAGCCGGACUUUUUCUCAGUAUCGGCAAGAUUAGUGGCAUCGCACAUCACUGCUAGCCAGCAUCCAAGAUACUUUAGCACUUUGUGUCUUCCGUUUGUUUAAAAAAAUCAUCUUAAAAAGGAGUUGGAAAUAAAAUGAUUUACUAAAACAGAUGUGAAGGAAUGUGAAGGUUUGGAAUGUGUCGUGCACUGACACACUUCCCAAUACUCUUCAUCAUAAAACCUCACCUGUUUCUUUUCAACUUUGCAUCAGUGGGACUUCCAGAACAAAUGCAUUCUGGUAGUCCAAUUGGUUGCGGGAGGAACGUGAGCAAGAUAUUCUAGCAUACAUUUCCGCUUUUCUCCAGAGGAAACCAUGUGAGUCGUGUGGUCUACUUGACAACCCCACGUACCGUUUACUGCAGCUGCCUAUGAUUUGUGGCGUUCUGCUUCCAACAGUGCAAAAUCUUAAGUCUUGUCAUUUUUCAACUUGUCUUGAUCAGGAGUGUGUGUGUGUGUGUGUGUGUGUGUGUGUGUGUGCGUGUGUGUGUGUGUGCGUGUGUGUGUGUGUGUGUGCGUGUGUGUGUGUGUGCGUGUGUGUGUGUGUGCGUGUGUGUGUGUGUGUGUGUGGGUGUGGGUGUGUGUGUGUAGGUGGGUAGGUGUGUGUGUGUGUGUGUGUGUGUGUGAGAGUAUAUACAGUGUUGUGAAAAAGUGUUUGCCCUUCCUAAUGUUUUAUUUUUUUUGCUUGUUUGUCCCACUUCAAUGUUUCAGCUCAUCAAACAAAUGUAAAUGUUAGUCAAUGACAACACAACUGAACACAAAAUGCAGUUUUUAAAUGAAACUUUAUUUUUUAUUAAGGGAGAAAGUAAAUCCAAAACUACAUGGCCCUGUGUGAAGAGGUCAUUGCCCCCCCCGUUAAAACAUAACUUCACUGAGAUGAAUUAAGAUCUAUGAGUGUGGAAAAGGUUCUAAAGCCAUUUCUAAAGCUUUGGGACUCCAGCCAACCACAGUGAGAGCCAUUAUCCACAAAUGACCAAAACAUGGAACAGUGGUGAACCUUCCCAGGAGUGGCAAACCAAAAUAACCCCAAGCGCGCAGCAACGACUCCUCCGAGAGGUCACAAAAGGCCCCACAACAACUUCCAAAGAACUGCAGACCUGACUUGCCUCAGUUAAGGUCAGUGUUCAUGACUCCACCAUAAGAAAGACACUGGGCAAAAGUUCCAAGACCAAAACCACCACUGAACAAAAACAACAUUAAAGCUCGUCUCAGUUUUGCCAGAAAACAUCUUGAUGAUCCCCAAGACCUUUGGGAAAAUACUUUGUGGUCUGACAAGACAAACGUUUAGCUUUUUGGGAGGUGUGCGUCCCAUUACUUCUGGUGUAAAAAUAAAAUAUGCUGGUGGAAGUGUGAUGGUCUUCAGGACCUGGAAGACUUGCUGUGAUAAAUGGAAGCAUGAAUUCUGCUGAAGGAGAAUGUCCGACCAUCUAUUGGUGACCUCAAGCUGAAAGCAACUUGGGUUCUGCAGCAGGACAAUGAUCCAAAACACACCAGCAAGUCCACCUCUGAAUGGAUGAAGACUUUGGAGUGGUCUAGUCCAAGUCCUGACCUGAAUCCUAUUGAGAUGCUGUGGUAUGACCUUUAAAAGGCGCUUCAUGCUGGAAAAGCCUCCAAUGUGGCUGAAUGACAACAAUUCUGCAAAGUUCCUCCCCAGCGCUGGAAGAGACUCAGUGCAAGUUGACUGCAGUUGUUCUGCUAAGGGUGGCCCAGGCAGUUAUUAGGUUUAGGGGGCCAUCACUUUUUCACUCCACUGUGUAUAUACGUGUAUAUCAUGUACAUAUUUUGCAGGCUCGAGGCAGAGCUCGGGCCAAGGACAGCAGUUACAUUGUGAUCGAGGUGAAAGGCUCUGGAGUGACUGAGAAGGAGACCAUUAACGAGUACCGGAAGGACUUGAUGACUCGAGCCAUUGCCAGAAUCCGAGAAUUCCAGCCUGCGGAGU